AUGGCACAGUACGCCCUGGAGGCGGGUGUCAGCUGGCUCGCCACCUCCGUUUCAGUAGUAGCUAGCGGGACGUGGCAGUUUGCCAAAUGGUCACACAGAUAUAUAAUGCAAGAAGCAGAAGAGCUAGAAGAAGAGGCAGAAGAAUCGCAUUUCCAACAGAUGAUCGACAAAGAGAAGGCGUUUCAUAACUAUGUGCGACAGCAAAUCAUCUGUAUGUGGCUCUUCAUGUUGCUAUAUUUGUUCGCCUACUGGUUGAUUUCAAGAUUAAAACGAAAAACUGAACGAGAAGCAUUGUAUGCAGGAGAAGAAGAUUACUUCGUAUACCGAGUAUCAGUUUGGAUCAGCAGUACGGCGACAGCAACAUCGAUAGGAUCACUAACGCUACUACCGUUUUCAGUGAUUGGCGUAGAAAUGUUACAAUUGUACGAUGGGAACUACUACCUUCAGUGGUUGUCGUAUUCCUUGAUCGGAGCACUUUGGAAUUAUGUGUUUGUACUUUCCAAUGUGUCUCUGUUCGUACUUCUGCCAUUCUCCUACUUUUUCAUCGAGUCUCAAGGAUUUUCCUCGUCUAAUCUGGGGAAUUGCACGACUCAGCGAAUUUAUGAAGCAAUGGCAAUCUCAUUUCUAUUCGCUUUCGUUCUACUUUGCCUGGCUGAAAUCGUGCUCACAAUCCUGGACUACCCAGUUUCCUUCCUUUCCAUCACAUCUGUCAACCUCCCACUCAUCUAUUCGUGCGUUAGUUUUAUUGGAGCUGUACUGUUGUUGAUAUCAACGCCGUAUGGAUUUGCCAAGAUGUUCUCGCUGGCGAGAGAAUUUUUGGUCGUUGAUGGGGAAGUCGUUGAAGAAGAAUUAGCUUCAAGCCCAAAUGAAGUUACACCCGAGCCAUCUGAAAACGCUUUUAUGAUAAAUUCGAAACCAUCAGAUUCCGAAGAAACAUUGAGCGCUCCAAUAUCUGAUGAAGUUGUAACAGAUGUGGUUGAAGAAUUUCGAAAGGAUAGUGAUAGCGGAAUCGAGUCCGGAUCCACAGAAGAAAUGCGGCUAAAUACAGACGACGAGGAUGAGAUUGAAAUAAUAAAUCCGGAAGUUGACCCGUCAGAAUGUGGUGAUGUAGGAAAUACAACUCCAACAAAACCGAAAAGACGUCGAUGGAGGCAUGACUAUGCGUCGAGUCCAGUUGUUCGGAAAUGGGAAGAACCAAAGAAAUUGCCGAAUCCAAACUUUGACUAUAGAAAUUUCAAUGAUUACGUCAGAGCGGCUCGUCGUCAACGAUCAUCCUUUUCAGAAUCGGAUGAUUUUUGGGUUGGAUCGCCAACUAGGAACACAUUUUCAAACAAUUAUUUUUCUUCAAGAUUUUCUCGAUGUGAACAUGGUUCAGAGAUGUGUCUCAAUCCGUCUACUUCACUUGCUGUAGAUCCAUUCGCUUCUGGAGAUUCUCAUGAAGCCACAUCUUCCGAGGCAUCGACAUCCAAUCAAAUUUCUCCGAAUCGUCUAUCGAAAUCAGAAGAGGCAAUUUGGAAACCAGUGAUCCACACCGUCAAGUCCUCCAAGUUGUAUAAAAGAGCAAUCGAGAAACAAGGAAGACUUUUGAAACUUUUUAUGAGACUCCGAUAUCCAGUGGCGAUCGCUAUUUUAUUAGCUUUAACCACUUGUUCUCUGAUAAUGGUAGCGAUCAACACAUUGAAACUUCUGUUUGGAUAUCGCAGUCUUCCAGUUUAUGCCCAAUACAUUGAGGUACAUACCCGUCACUCAUUCGGUUUGUUUGGUGCUUGUAUCGAAACCCUCAUAAUCAUUUAUGUUAUGCUGACUUCUUUUGUUGGUCUGUACUCCUUACCAGUUCUACGGUCGCUACGCCCAGUCCGCAAAGACACCCCAAUGCCGACAAUAAUCAUCAAUUCUUCAAUAGUUCUCGUUGUUGCCUCAGCCCUGCCUGUCGCUGUCAACACCAUUGGAAUGACUACAUUUGACCUUCUCGGUUCUCAAUCAUCUCUUCAAUGGCUCAGUUCAUUCCGAGUGGUUGUUGCGUACAACACAAUGUUCGUCGUGCUGUCAGUAGCAUUUUUGUUCAAUCAGUUGACUGCUUCAAUGAGAAGGCAGAUCUGGAAAUGGUAUAGAGAAAAAGGUUUUUUUUCAAAAUUAUUCCGUUUUUUUUUCAGGAUUUGCAAUUUGCGAUGUGGACGGUGCACAGACGAUUCUGACGACACGAUGGUUAUCCUCGGAGGCAACGAUAAGAAAAAUAAUUGA